ACGUUUGUGUGACAACAGUACAGGUUAAAAUGAAUGUUGAUGAGAGUGAUGUUGUGAGGCUUAUUCUUGGCUACUUGAGAGAUCAUCGUUACGCCGGAACGCUUCGUUGCUUGGAGAAGGAGUCGGGCGUGAGUGAAUGUGCGUUGCCAGGCGACGCUGCUUUUCUCCGUUCCUUGGUGAUGGAUGGACGCUGGGACGACGCCAUUCAAUUCGCGAAACCGUUAGAGACUCUCAAAUUGUUUGACGCUAAAGCCUUCCGCUUCGAAAUCGAGAAACAGAGAUUACUGGAGAUGUUGGACAUGAAAGCUGAAUGUGAAGCGAUUAAGAAGGAAUUCGAUGUGGAAAACGUACUGAAUGUCUUGAAUUGUAUUGAGAAAACGUGUCCUUCACGCGAGGAGUACGCCGCUCUUUGCUUCCUCCUGUCACUUCCCAAAUUAUCUGCUCAUUCUGAAUACAGGAAGUGGGACUGUAUGAAUGCCCGGAUGGAGUUGUUUGAUAAGGUUUAUAGUUUGGUGGUAAAUUUUCUUCCUGAUGACAAAGGUGGCUUGUUGCUGAAUCCUUCUAGAGGGCGACUGUUGAAUUUGAUAUGUAAGGGUGUUGUGUAUGAGAGAUGCGAAUGUAUCAUGAACCAGACUCAUGAUGGUCAAGAAUUGGCAGAAAACGGGCUGUCAUCUGGGGAUGUACUGGUAGCUAAAACAUGUAUACGGCAUAUAGACAUGUCUCUUGCUGACUGGGUAUCUCAUAUGAGUAGCCAGCAACUUAAGGAAACGAAGAGCGAAAGAAUAGAGACAAUAGAAGAGAUAAGGUUACACAGUCGUAUCUCUCCAUCAAAAGAUUUAAUAACAAAGAGUCUGAGUGCUCUAGAGCAACGACCAGGCAGUGCACACAGUUGGCAUAGCAGGCAUCGAUUAGAUACAGACGUAUCUCAUGUGUUUGAUGACAUGGAACGUGGCAAUGAAAUGUGGAGAACGCGUACAGAAAUAAUGGGAGCGAAUGGUGACACACGACCAUCGACUCUUAGACAGCAACGCUCACUAUUUCAUCGUCCGGUUACCGCAGAUGGGAUUCGAUCUAGAUUUACACAUUCUGUUAUAACAGAUCACAGAGUGAAUGGAUGGCAUGAAACCGAGUGUCUUACACAAACUCCACCAGCCACGCCACCUCCUAUGGACACAUCGACGCCGAAGAAUCCAAGAGAGUCAAUACCCUUAGCAGCAAAACUAUUAUCAUCUCCAGUACUUCCACCUCAUGAGGAAACUGCCGAGGAAAGACAUAUUGAGACGGAUAGAAACGAUGAGAACGAUCCUACAUUUUCUACUGGCUAUCAGUGGCCUGGUACGGUCAGAUUUUCAUCACAACAAAAUCGUAAAAAGAAUGACUCAACAGACAUUCUAAGACGUUCUAGAGGUACUCGUUGGUGGGAGAAGUCAUCAGAUUCGUCUGUUAGUAUGCCUUUGUUCAAUCCAGUUGCGUCUGUGGACGACGUACAAGCCAUUCGUUCGAUUGCGUUUAGUCCUCGUGGCGAUUUCUUUGCCGUUGGAUCAAAUUCUCGAACUCUUCGGAUCUGUUCGUCACGAGUGCUGCAACUCGGCAGAGAUAUCAGUCAGUCGCCACUCGUUUUGUUCAAGAGAAAUCGUUAUCAUCGGGGAUCUAUUUAUUGUAUGGCAUGGAGUCCACUUGAUGAUGUAAUUGCAACGGGAUCGAAUGACAAGGCGGUGAAGCUGAUGAAGUUUAAUUGUUCGCAUUGCACGCAGAGUGAUGCUGAGACGACUCUAACCAUACAUGAUGGCACAGUAAGAGAUAUUGCAUUCAUAUCGAGCACCUCACUGUCACUACUUUCUGGUGGAGCAGGAAAUUGUGCAAUACAUAUCACAGAUUGCUCCCAGACUGCACAGACAAUCGGCCAUCUGAUUGGUCAUACAGAUCACGUGACAUCAUUAUAUCCUUGGGGCGAACACAUGGUGGCAUCAGGAUCUGUUGAUCAGUACGUUCGACUUUGGGAUUUGAGAGCCAAACAGUGCUUUCUUGUCCUAGGGAAUGGAUCUGACAACCAUUGCCCUAGCAGUGCUGUAUUGUCAGUGUGUGUUAGCGACGACAAUCGUCUGUUGGCUGCAGCACUAGAAAAUGGUCAGAUUUUAUUGUACAAUAUACAAGCUGGUCGGACAAUGGCAACGAUUCCCGUUCAUGCAUCUGAGUGCAGGAAUGUUCGAUUCGCUCCUCAUACCUACGACGUCUUGUCUGCAUCGUAUGAUUCAACACUUUCGUUAACAAACGCCUCACCUCUUCUUUCGGACAGUCGUACUAACUUGGUACCCUACUGUGUUGCACAGCACAGCGAUAAAGUAAUUCAGUGUCGGUGGCAUCCUAAUGGUAUCGGUUUUGCUAGCACAAGCGCCGAUCAUACCGUGAAACUGUGGAAACGAGCGAGUAACGUGACAUGAUUAUAU